AUGAUGAACUUAGAAGAAACAAAGAGGAAAUCAAAGCCUCCAUUAAACUCCAUCUUCUAUACAGAACUUCUAUUUAUUUUAAUUGGAGUAUUACUAGGUGGUUUUGGUUUAUUACAGCCUCACAUCUCAUUACUAUUAUGGCUACCCUGCUUAUUGAUUUUAUGUUCGAGCUGUGGCUCAUUAUCAGCUUUGAUUUAUCUGAAUAAGGGAGUAGCAUGGAGGUCAAGUCAGAGCCUACUGCGAUUCAUGUUGUUGACUCUUUUAAUGGUUUUAUUUAGAAUUGUUUGUUCUUGUAUUCUAAUUGUUGGCAACUUCUUCCCACACUCCAAGCCAAUCAUAAGCUUAACAUUAGCAGGAGUCACAUUCCUUCAUGCAUUAUAUGGACUUUAUGCAAUUUCAAAAACUACAACUCAUAGGACUGGCAUUGAUAAAAGAAUAAACAUCAAAGAUACAAGGAAAAGCAAUCAGAUUGAGGAAAUCGCGGUCAUAAGCUUAGGAAAUUCACAACUAUUGUCUAGUCAAACGACACUCUUCACUACAUUAGAUGAAGCUGAAUUAGUAAAUUAUGUUACUUAA